AUGAUGGGUCUGCAAGAACUACUGGCGAAAGUGCCGUUGUUGCUAUCGUAUCCAACUAUCAUUCUAUCCAGCAAUCUGAUCAUACCCUCCCAUAAUGAUCUAAUAAGUACAGCUACAUCAGCAGCGGAACAAGAUGGGCAAAGACCGGUUCCGUUUACCACAGACCACAUCAUCAGAGUGGUUCUACUUCCAACAUUUAUCGCCUCAUCUUUUAACCUGUUUGCGUACUACUUCAAUUUCGUCAAUUACACCAACCGAAAGAAGUAUUGGGUUUUAUUUGUUGCUAUCUUCCUCAUAUCGAUACUGACUACCAUUUUCCAUCCAAUUCAGUCGACAUGUAUUUCUCUGUCAAUUAUCAAGCGCUUAACUGCUGCUACUGAAUCUUCAUCGAAAACUGUUUUCGACUUCAAAACCAUUCUAAAAAUGUUUGUGCCCUUUAUCGUUAUGACACUGGUGAUACUGCGCUUUGAUCCGUCAUUAGAGUCUGGUAUGAGUGAUAUGGAUAAAUUUUCUGUGCCUUUGGUUACAUAUGCAUUAUUAGUGGUUUUGCUAAGAUGCGUAUCACCACUGCUACUAUCGACCUUAUCGGAUAACGUAGAUGUUGCAUCUAAAGACAGCGGCACACAGAAAUUGGUAGGCAGGAACAAGAAGUUUCCGCUGAUGAUUAUACUACCGAUUGUUUCGUUUACUUUUUUGUACCUAACGACUAUAAUAAACAAUACUUAUAACAUCCAGUUGUUGAUGGUGUUUGUAUUUUUUGGAUGUUUGUCUAUCUUCUUCCUAUCUUUAAAAGAUUUGUUCGCAGAAGAUGUGAAUCAAGAAAAAGAGAUUCACGAAGCGGAGCAUCGUCAUAAGUUUGGGAUAAAUUACGUGAUUUCUCACUUUUGGUUGACAAGGUUCACCAUUCUAUUAACUGGAACAAUGGCUAUUAUAGUACAUUUUUUAUCGUUUAAUGAGGUUACUUCUUCCAAGAAGACAGAUUUGCUGAGUUUACUUUUUGUCAUAGUGGCAGAAUGUAUUUCUUCUUCUUCCAGCAUAGAGGCAGAUUCGCAUUCUCUUAAUCAUGCGCAUUGUCAUUCUCAUACGUGUGAUUCGACAUCACUUGAAAAUGAAAGUAUAUUUAGACAGAUGGCUUUAAACAAGGAUACAAGGUCCAUUUUUUCUUUCCUAUUAUUAAACACUGCCUUUAUGUUUGUUCAAUUAUUGUACUCUUUUCGUUCCAAGUCAUUAGGUUUAUUAUCUGACUCAUUACAUAUGGCUUUAGACUGCACUUCUUUAUUGUUGGGUUUAAUUGCUGGAAUAUUGACCAAGAAACCCGCAAGUGAUAAGUUUCCCUUCGGCUUGAAUUACCUUGGCACUCUGGCUGGUUUCACUAAUGGUGUUCUUUUACUAGGUAUUGUAUGCGGUAUCUUUGUGGAGGCCCUUGAAAGAAUCUUUAACCCCAUUCAUCUACAUGCAACAAAUGAGCUUUUAGUUGUUGCCACGUUGGGUUUGUUAGUCAACCUUGUCGGUUUAUUUGCAUUCGACCACGGUGCUCAUGAUCAUGGUGGUACGGAUAACGAGAAUAUGAAGGGCAUUUUCUUACACAUAUUGGCAGAUACAUUAGGUUCUGUCGGGGUGGUUAUUUCUACGUUAUUGAUUAAACUGACACACUGGCCAAUCUUUGACCCCAUCGCUUCUUUAUUGAUUGGUUCUUUAAUCUUACUAAGUGCUCUGCCCUUACUGAAAUCGACUGCCUCAAAUAUUUUACUAAAAUUAGACGAUAAAAAGCAUAACAUAGUGAAAAGCGCGCUGAACCAAAUAUCAACGACACCAGGUAUUACUGGUUACACAACCCCCAGGUUUUGGCCUACGGAGUCAGGUAGCUCCGGGCAUUCUCAUUCUCAUGGUCACACGCACUCUCAUGAACAAGGUCAUGGGCACGAGCAACAACAUGAUCAUACUAACCAACCACAAAUAAAGCCGACUUUGGUAGGGUACAUUCAUGUACAGUACGCAGAAGGCGAAAAUUCGACAAUCAUCAAGAAAAGAGCCGAAAAGAUAUUUGAAAAUGUGGGGAUCAAAGCAUGGGUACAAGUUGAGGUUCAGAACUCUACCUGCUGGUGUCGCGCUACUUCAAUGAAUACAGUUUCGACCACGAGCCCCAGUUCUCUACCUCUACAAUCCAUAGCGAAUUGA